GAAGCUAGAGGCUCUCUGGCGCCGACGGCCGACCCACACGCGCGUCCAGCGAUUUCGCCGGGGGGAGAUCUUGCCAUUCCGUGGAGCACCAUCCGCGGUAGCCUAGCCGCGACUGGGGAUCGGGGCUUGCGGGCCGUGGAGCCACCCAGAAGGUAGCCGGGAAAAGCUUGAUCCGGCCGGGGACGGGGCCUUCGGAGGUUCGUCCCUCGAUCGGGUGUCGUCUGCGAAAGCCGGGUCGAACAAAUCGUCGCGACUGGAGGCGGCGCGGGGUCAUGGGGGCGUGGGUCUCGGUCCUGCUCGGGAUGGACGGAGCCGCGGCGGCCGGGCCUGCUGCUGUGGGCCUGGGCGACCUGCCGGAGCUCUGCGCCGCCCAGGUGCUGCUCCGGCUCGACCCGCCGGAGAUCUGCAGGCUCGCGCAGGUCAACCACGCGUUCCGCGGCGCCGCGGGGGCUGACUUCGUGUGGGAAGCCAAGCUGCCGGAGAACUACAACUAUCUGAUGGAGUUCGUGGGGAGCGGCGACGAGGGGAAGCGGAGGCGGCGGCGGGCCGGGAAGAAGGAGAUCUACGCGAGGCUCGCCAGGCCUGUGCCUUUUGGCGACGGCAAGAAGGAAUUCUGGUUGGACAAGAACAAAGGCAUGAUCUGUAUGGCACUGUCGUCCAAAGCACUGGUGAUUACUGGGAUUGAUGACAGAAGAUACUGGCAACACAUGCCAACUUCAGAAUCGAGAUUCCAGUCUGUAGCCUACCUUCAGCAAAUCUGGUGGUUUGAGGUGGUUGGUGAAGUCGAUUUCUGCUUCCCUGUUGGAACAUAUAGCUUGUACUUCAGGGUCCAUCUUGGGAAGUUCUACAGACGAUUUGGCCGCCGCCAGUGCACCUCAGAGCAUGUUCAUGGUUGGGACAAGAAGCCUGUUCGCUUCCAGCUAUCGACCUCUGACGGGCAGCAGGCAUUGUCUCAGUGCUACCUGGAGGAGCCCGGGAGCUGGGUCCUGUACCAUGCUGGCGAUUUUGUGGCCUCAAAGCCUGACCAGCUGAUGAAGCUGAAGUUCUCCAUGGCACAGAUCGACUGCACGCACACAAAAGGCGGGCUGUGCAUCGACUCGGUUCUUAUCUAUCCAAAAGGGAAGGGGUUUCACCAGGAGAGGGUGGUCAGGUCUCAGAAAUGAGGGUUGUAGAUGUUGUGGAGGUAUUCACAUUAGGAUGUUAGAGCAAAUGCAGCUUGCAGCCUGAUCUUAUUUUUACUUUGGGCUCUAGUUCGCAGCAGAGGUGAAGUGUAUGUGGUUGUAGAACUCAGGUAUUGUGUGGUCAGGUGACCACCAGAGUGCUCUGUCAGUCCUUUGGCAAGGUCGUUUUCGCCCCCCUUCAGCUGAAUUUGGACAGCGAGAUAGCCAUGAAACUGUACUGAAAUGAGUUCGAAGGUG